UUCUUUUCUUUUCUCCUCUUUUUUUGUUCUUCAUAGAAAUUCUCUUUAUAAUUUUGAAUUGUUCAAUUCCUGGGAAUAAAAUGACACUGAAACAAAUCAACUUUAUUCCAUUCUUCUUUGAAAUAACACUUUUCUUUAAUCAAUAUAAAUUAUGUACACAUUUUAUAUUCAUUAUUUCAUAAUCAUUUCAAUGUUUACAAUAGUUCAUUCAAUCUUUUUAACAAGUAUAUUACAUUACUUUAUAAUAACAGCUGAUGAAAGUCGACCAAACGACAAUCAUAAUAAGGAUGUAUAUAAUAGUAAUAAUAAUAAUAAUAAUAAAUGUAUUAUUAUAGAAGAAAUCCUGAUUAGUACAUUUGUAUGUGAUUUAAUGUUUCUUUAUGAUCAUUAUACACCGAAAAAUACAUCAAAGACUUCACUGAUAUUAAAUAUCUUAAAUGAAAAUCAACAUUUUCAAAUUAUUGAUAAUCAUCAAUUAGUAACAAGAGGACGUAUUGAUCGUGAACAUUAUGUAUUUGAAAAAUUAUGCCAAAAUAUUCAAAAGAAUAAUAAUAUGAUAAUGAAUUUUGACGAGGAUUAUUCCUUAUUAAAUGAAGAGACAUUAAAGAUUCGAACCUAUGACCCUAUUUUAUAUCUUCCGUCCACAUACUUCACUAUAUGGUGGUUGGGGGUAGUCGAUAGGAAACUCUGGACCCGGGCUUCGUGUUACUUGGCACUCGUCAGCAAGGUGUACCUGAUUCCAUGUGAGGGCUUGUCUUGUGACGCAGUUGGGUGCUUUCCUCAAUGUGUGUCCUAUCCACUUCCAGCGCUUCUUCCUGAUUUCUUCCUCCACUGGGAUCUGAUUUGUUCUCUCCAACAACUUGUGAAAGUUUGCAUGGGAAGAAGCAUAUUUUCAAAGUCUAAUACGUAUGUGUACAGACAAAAUACUAAUACAUGUAUUCCUAAGCAUGAUAUAUGUUCAAUGGGGGGGGAAACUCUGGACCCGGGCUUCGUGUUACUUGGCACUCGUCAGCAAGGUGUACCUGUAAUCUUGAGAGAACUGGUGCUCCCUGAUGAAUUCGAUUCCGUGUCACCCAACUUGACAGUCAGAGAUGUUACCAUUGAGCUAUCCGGGCGGCGACUGACCUCCAGUAGGACUGAGAUGUGGUUGUAUGCAGUUGAUGGAAAACCAUUCCCAGCUAAUGGGAACUCAAAUCAACGAGUAUUUUCAGUCUCUGUGGAAUUCAAAUCUGAGUCAUCCAAUAACAUGUUAGUACCAAUUGCAAAAGUCAUCGUAAAUCAUAACUUGAGUAGUUUAGAAACUAAUUUUCUGGUUGGAACCAUAAGUAAGAUGGUGGUUGGAGAUCUUACUGAUAAUCCAUCACAAAUCGACUGUACAAUUAUUUUAGAAUUUGCAUUAAUCAGUCAAAAUCGUACAUUUAAGCCAAUUUUAAUCAAUAUUCCUGUAAAUAUUCAAGAUAUUAACGAUAAUAUACCACGUUUUGAUCAAUAUACAAGUGGAUUAAAACUUGAAAUAAGUGAAGAUGUAUCAACAAUUGAUCAAUAUUAUGUAUCAUCUAUGUUAUCAUCAUUAUCAGUACCACAAUCAUCAGUGCCACCAUAUUGGAUGCCAUAUUUGACUACAGAAAGUCCCUUAAUUCACAAUAGUGGUAGUAGUAGUAGUAGUAGUGGUGGUGGUAAAAAGCGUGAAAUUGCUAUUUUACCCUUGGCAAAAGAUUUCGAUUAUGGAUUAAAUGGUACUGUAGCUUACAAAUUAGAGGGUCCGGAUGCUGAAUAUUUCGAAUUAUUAAACCAUACAACAGAUUCCCGAAUUUCUAACUCAUAUGAUUCUAAACCUAAAAACAUUAAAUCCCUACAUCUUAUAAGUCGUUUCACAUUAGAUCGUGAACGUAAAUCCGAUUAUCGAUUAAUCCUUUUAGCUUAUGAUCAAUCUGAACAGUCUAAGUUACGUAAUACAGCUCAAUUACCAAUUAGCAUUUAUAUUAAAGAAGUGAAUGAAUAUGCACCAAAAUUCAAUUUCGGUAUUAAUAUUACUAAUCAACAAGGUAAUACUAUUCGACAACAACUAUUGAACACUGAUCACACAUUUAUUGGACAUUCUAAUCGAUUUCAUCCACAAGUACAAAUUAAAUCAUUUUCAUAUGAUUCCCAAUUGAUUGUAGGUGAACAACAAAACCAAGAACGGGUCGAAGAUAACAAUCAUAUUAAAUUACCAAAUUCCAAUUAUUUAAUUCUUGGAUUACCUGAAGAUAUCAAUGUUGGGAGUCGAAUCUAUCGUGUACAAGCAAUUGAUUUUGAUUCAAUUGAUUUCUCUACGAUUAAUAAUCCAUACCAAUCUUAUCAAUCAACACAUCCUAGAAUUACUGUACAUUAUUUUAUUGCACAAGAAACUGAUCUCGGAGUUAAACAUUAUUUCCGUUUAGGGAAAGAAGAUGGUUGGAUAAUAUUGAUACAACGAUUAGAUUAUGAAUCUGGUUCACGUAAUUAUAUAUUGCCUAUUUUGGCAAUCGACUUUGGACGUCCACAAUUGAGUAGCACACUAACACUUACUAUACAAGUAUUAGAUGUCAAUGAUGAAGCUCCGAGUAUUACUAUACGUGGUAUUGAAUCGACUAAUAUAAAUCAUAAUAAUUAUCAACGUACAAUUGGACAUUCAACAAUGGACAGUUUUAAUCCUACUCAUUUUCAAAUAUUAGCUGUAAGAGAAAAUUCUCCUAUUGGUACUUUUAUCGCAAAGGUGUCUGCUAGAGAUCGAGAUACAGGAGCUUCAGGAGAAGUGGAAUGCUACUUAAGUGAAGCAGAUAACUUUGGUCGAAGAACUCAGGAAUCUGGUAGUUCACUUGAAUCGGAUUACUUAAAAGGUCUUCAAAAUUUUGCAUUACAUCAUGUUGAAGAUGAUUCAAUUCAUUCAGCCACUAUAACAAACAACAUUGAAUCAACAGUAUCAUCCAGUUAUAUUCAACACAAACAGUCCAGUGUAUUAGGACGUCAUGAUACUGAGUACAUACUUAUGACAAAGACAAUUUUAAACAGAGAAGUUAAAAAUUUCUAUUUUAUUUAUCUUACAUGUCAUGAUCAUGUUGAAAAAAAAUCUUACUUGAGUUAUUCUUUACAACACAAUAAUAAUAAUAUGCCUUCAUCAACUUCAACAAAACGUCUUUCUUCAACAAAAUUAUUAAAAAUCAAUAUUUUAGAUGAAAAUGACAAUGGACCACAAUUUGAUCGUUUACGUUAUGAAGUGAAAAUCUUAGAAAAUUCCAUUGAAAAUACUGAAUUAAUUAAAUUAAAUGCGUAUGAUAAAGAUGAAGAAAGUCAUAUAGGCUAUCGAUUUGUUCAAGUCACUGAUCAAUUUAUACAAAAUUAUACAAAUUUAAAUUUAAGCACAAUUUAUGCACAUUUUAAAAUUGAUUCAAGAUCUGGUAGAAUUAAAACAACGAAUGUACCAUUAGAUAGAGAAGUUAAAGAUUCAAUGAUAAUACCUGUUAUAGCAUAUGAUGAUGAAUUUCCAAGUAGAACAUCACAUGCAUGGAUACAUGUGGAAAUAGAAGAUGUUAAUGAUAAUAUACCAAAAUUAACAGGGAAUACAACCUUUUGGAUAGAUGAAGAAGAUACAACUAUGGAACAUUUGAUCAAUGGUGGUAACCAUAAUCGAAGUAGUAGUAGUAGUAGUAGUAGUAGUACAACUUUAGGUACAAGACAAUAUCAUUCAACAAAUCGCCACAUAUUUAUUGGACGUUUAAAUGGUGAAGAUUAUGAUAUUGGAGAAAACGGAAAAAUCAUCUUUAAAUUAGGCUAUGAAAAUCAAUAUAAUAUUAAUAGUCCAAAAUGGUUUUUACGUUCAGAUGGUAAUCUAUUUGUUCAAUCAAUUAGAAUGUACAAUGAUAGAAGUAUUGAUAAUAAUAAUUAUUAUUUAGAUCGUGAAAAAACACCUUUUUAUGAAAUACCAAUUAUAAUUAGUGAUUUAGGUAAAAAUCCUACUUUAUCUUCAACAGUAACCAUUACAAUUAGUUUAAGAGAUGUGAAUGAUAAUUCACCAAAAUUUUUAAAACCAUCAUAUAAUAAUCAUAAUUUAAAUCUGAAUAUAAGUCAUAUUCAUGCUGAUCAUGAUCAUACUCGAUCAACUUUAAAUGAUCCUAAUUUAAAAACAUUAAAUAUACCAACUGAACGAAUUAAUAUAUUCAAUAUAGAUAGUACAAAUCCUGGUACAUUAAUUUAUACAGUUCAUGCAAUUGAUUUAGAUGAUGGUGAUAAUGGUAAAAUUAUAUAUAAACUUGAAGCAUAUGAAGGAUAUUGGCAAUUAUCAUAUAAUUCAUAUCAAUCAUUCAAUAAUAUUAAUCAUCAUCAUAAUAAAUCAUUAAAUAAUUAUUUUAUUAUUGAUCAAAUUUCUGGUGAGAUACGAAUUAAUCAAUUAAUUACUAGUGAAAAUUUACAAAAAAUACCUAAAAGUUUAAUUAUUUUAGCUGAAGAUUGUGGUAUACCAUCAAGACGAAAUUAUGCCCUAUUAUAUAUUGAUUUUAUGAAUGAAAAACAAAAUAAACAAAUAAUGAACAAUAAUGAUCAUUAUCAUGAUAAUUCACUAUUAAAUAUCAAUCAUAAAAACAUAAAAACUAACUUAGAUACUAUUGAUCAAUUAAUUAAUUCAUCAACUGAUUUGAAUGAAUAUCAUAAAAAUCAAUAUAUGGGAUUCUAUUCAAAUAGGAAUAUCAAAAUCCAUGGUAACAAUAAUAAUCAUAAUCAUAAUAAUCCACAAUUGAAAUUAUUGGAUAGUGAUAAACAACAAAUAAAUCAUCAUCAUCAUCAUCAAUCAAAUUUAUUAUCUACAUCCAAAAUGAAAUAUACUCAAUCAAUGAAUAAAAAAUUAUCAUUCAAAUCACCAUCAUUAAUUCAAUUACAAAAUAAUCAACAAAAUGAUAAUAAUAAUAAUGAUUUAGAAAGAUUAAUACCAAUUUAUGAAAAUUCUAUAAAUACUGAACCAAUGGAAAUCAUUAAUCCAUAUCAAAAUAGUACUGAAUUAAUUACUGGUUUAGGUAUUGGAUUAGUAAUUAUUAUUUUAGUAUGUUUACUAUUAUUAAUAACUUAUGCUUUACAUGGUGUACAAACGAUUCGAUUAAAUAGAAAUGGACUUCAUAUUGAUCGUAAUAAGUUACAUAAUAACACUAUGAAACAAUAUCAAUAUAAAAGUGAUAAAAGCAACAAUAACAAUCAUAACAUGAACAAUCAAAUCGAUGGGAAAAACAACGGUCAUACCAGUAAAUGGAAACAUUUCUGUAAUGUUAUACAAUUGGUCAUCAACCGUAAUCGUCCGUUGAAUAAUGAAACAAUGCCGAAAAGUAUUAAAACCGUGAACUCUUCAAAAUCAUAUGCAUUAAAUCAAGAUAAAAAUAAAUCAUAUAAUGUACUCGGUAUGACAAUGGAUAUACCAUUUUCUAAUGAUUGGGAAAGUGUUCAUAGUGAAUUUAAUCCAACCAAUCCAAAUCAAAAACAGAUUAGUAAUGAUAAAAAGCUUAAUUAUGCUAACAAAACUAUGAAUCAUCAAUGUAUUUAUCCACAAAUAAGCACAUUUGUACCUGUAAUGAAUUCUGUUGAAAUGGAUACAAUGUAUAAACAUGAUACUUGUGAAAUUUCACCUAAUGAUACAAUUAAUACUGUUGGUAAUACAAUUACUACCAAACAUAAUCAACUUUUACAAACAAAUAUUUCACAAGAUGAAUCACAACCAGAAUUACAUAAUACUAGUGAUGGUAAUAGUAAUAAUAUUAAUAAUAAUGAACCUAACAGUAAUCGUUAUCCACGUAUUUAUACUGUUUGUACAGACGGUAUUCUACCAAUAUCAGAUUAUAUGACAUUAAAUCUUCCAGAUAAUCAUAGUCAUUAUGUUAAACAUUUGAUGCCGGCAAAUUGUCAUUUUUUAACAAAUAAUAUAGACUUUCAUAGAUCCAAUAUGACUGUACCAAAAGUUUUAUUUCCGCAUAAUGAUGAUAUUUAUCUUCAUCGUCAUCAUUAUCAUCAUCAUCAACAUCAUCAACAACAUCAUGAGCCGUUAAUGAAUACAUCAAAUGAAUUGCAUAAUCAAUCUCUUCUUCUUACUCAAACUCCUGUAACCUAUUCUUCUUCAUCAUCAUCAUUGAAUUAUUGUACUUCACCAGGACAAUAUUGUCGAAUACCAUCAACAAUAAAUAAUAGUAAUAAAUUAUCAAAUUCAUUAAAAAAUUGUACAAAACAACAUGUUAUGAUAAAUAUAUCAAAUGAUCAAAAUCAAAUAAAUAUUGUGAAAAGUACAGAACAAAUAAAUAAGAUGUUAAAUAAUAUAAAUCAACAAAAUAUUCCGGAGGAUUCUUUCAAGGCGAAUUCCUUGAAAUCGGGCAGUUUUGUAUAA